CCUUCCUGGGCAUCAGUAAACAGGGGAACUUUUAUAUGCGAUGAGUGCUGUAGUGUCCAUCGGAGCCUUGGGCGCCACAUCUCUCAAGUAAGGCAUCUUAAACACACACCGUGGCCUCCAACAUUGCUUCAGAUGGUUGAAACCUUGUAUAAUAAUGGUGCUAAUUCCAUAUGGGAGCAUUCUUUGCUGGACCCUGCCUCUAUCAUGAGUGGAAGACGCAAAGCUAAUCCGCAGGAUAAAGUACAUCCUAAUAAAGCAGAAUUCAUCAGAGCCAAGUAUCAGAUGUUAGCAUUUGUCCACCGCUUGCCCUGCCGGGAUGAUGAUAGCGUGACUGCCAAAGACCUUAGUAAGCAACUCCAUUCAAGCGUGAGAACAGGGAAUCUUGAAACCUGUUUGAGGCUGUUAUCUUUAGGAGCACAAGCCAACUUUUUUCACCCUGAGAAAGGAAACACCCCACUCCACGUUGCCUCCAAAGCAGGGCAGAUUUUACAAGCAGAAUUACUGGCAGUGUAUGGAGCCGACCCAGGCACACAGGAUGCUAGUGGGAAAACUCCUGUUGAUUAUGCCAGGCAAGGAGGGCACCAUGAGCUGGCAGAACGCCUUGUAGAAAUACAGUACGAGCUGACUGACAGACUAGCCUUCUAUCUCUGUGGCAGGAAACCAGAUCACAAAAAUGGACAGCACUUUAUAAUACCUCAAAUGGCAGACAGCAGCCUGGAUUUGUCUGAACUGGCAAAAGCUGCUAAGAAGAAGCUUCAGUCUCUAAGUAAUCAUUUGUUUGAAGAACUUGCCAUGGACGUGUACGAUGAAGUUGACAGGCGAGAGACUGAUGCAGUCUGGCUUGCUACGCAAAACCACAGCACCCUGGUGACCGAGACAACCGUCGUCCCCUUCCUUCCGGUCAAUCCCGAGUACUCAUCGACACGCAACCAGGGCAGACAGAAAUUAGCUCGGUUUAACGCCCAUGAGUUUGCCACACUGGUUAUCGACAUUCUCAGUGACGCCAAGAGGAGACAGCAGGGCAGCCCUCUCUCUGGUUCAAAAGACAAUGUGGAGCUCAUACUGAAAACAGUCAAUAACCAGCACAGUAUUGAGAAUCAGGACAACGAGCAGCCAGACUAUGACAGCGUGGCGUCAGACGAAGACACGGACCUGGAAGCCGCCGCAAGCAAGGCAAACAGGCAGAAGAGCCUAGAUUCAGAUUUAUCAGAUGGACCAGUCACUGUGCAGGAAUUUAUGGAGGUCAAAAACGCUCUAGUGGCUUCUGAGGCCAAGAUACAACAGCUAAUGAAGCUUCAAACACUCCAGAGUGAAAAUUCGAACCUCAGGAAACAGGCCACAACCAAUAUAUAUCAGGUGCAAACUGAUUCUGAGUACACAGACACUUCCAACCACUCUUCCUUAAAGCGACGUCCGUCUGCCCGGGGCAGUAGGCCCAUGUCCAUGUACGAGACGGGAUCAGGUCAGAAACCGUAUCUCCCAAUGGGAGAAGUGAACCACCCCGAGGAGAGCAGGACGAGACUCCAGCCUUUCCCCGCACACAUCGGGAGGAGUGCGCUUGUGACCUCCUCUUCGUCUCUGCCUUCCUUCCCCUCCACACUUUCCUGGUCGAGGGACGAGAGCACCCGAAGGGCUUCCAGGCUGGAGAAGCAGAACAGCACACCCGAAAGUGACUACGACAACACUCCCAACGACAGGGACCCAGACGACCUGGGGUCAAGCAGAAAGGGAAGGCAAAGGAGUAUGGUGUGGCAAGGUGAUGGCUCAGUCCCAGAUCCGGCAGAACCCCACGCAGCCCCGAGCCCCGUCCUCCCCAGCACCGAAGACGUCAUCCGGAAGACUGAACAGAUCACCAAAAACAUACAGGAGCUCUUAAGAGCCGCCCAAGAAAAUAAACAUGACAGUUAUAUUCCCUGCUCAGAGAGGAUACACAUAGCUGUUACAGAAAUGGCAGCAUUAUUCCCCAAAAAACCCAAGUCUGACAUGGUGAGGACUUCCCUCCGGUUACUGACAUCCAGUGCCUACCGGCUCCAGUCUGAGUGCAAGAAGACCCUCCCGGGGGACCCGGGCCCACCCACAGAUAUCCAGCUGGUCACGCAGCAGGUCAUCCAGUGUGCGUACGACAUCGCCAAGGCCGCCAAACAGCUGGUAACCAUCACCACCAAAGAGAACAACUGAACAGCUGGACAGGUGCUGGCCCUUCCGUUUUCUAGGCUUUUUCAAAGUCCAGUUCCCCACUUAGACAUGGAACUCUUCCGAUUUUUACAGAAACAAACAUUUAAUGAAAAUCUCAAACUUUUUAAAAGAAAAACUCAGUAUUAUUUUUGCAUGUUUUCUAACAAAUUUUCAACUAUUAAUUUAACCCACUUGCCUUAUUUUGUGCCUGUUUUGCCAGUUUAUUUCCUGACGUUCUCUUGUGCUGUCGGUGACCGUUGAGUUCAUGGUCAUAGACAUCAAACGCAAAGCUUCAUUGUUUAAGUCUGUUAGAACUUCUCCAUCCCUUCAGACUCCGUGUCUGUGGCUAAAACUGUAAGUGAGGUUUUUAGUGAAACAUUUUCUAGAGAGAGUUGACUUAAAAAAAAGAAAUUCAACCUUGUCUGUUCCCUAUCAAGCAUUGUGCAAUAAGCAACAUUUCCAGCCUCUACUGCGAAAUCUCUUUGGGGUAUCUCCAAGCAGGCAGGUAGAGAAAGGACUUUGCCACUUUCUAAAAACAGUGUAACAAUCUCUCUUGGAAGGAAACAACAAACUGCGCCAUUUCUUUUAACUGUUCUCUCACAUUAGAUGUUCUUUCAUCUAAUUUUUCUGUCCUGAUCUUCUGUCUCUUUCUAUUUUACUGUCAUCCUGAAGUCUCCCACAGCGUCCGAUAAGCACUCACCCUCCGUGUCGUGUGCCAUUUGGCCACGUUACCGCGCACAGUCCAGUGCUCUGCCUUACCCCGGGGAGCCAGGCGUUCCAUUCCAAACACGUGGCAAAGGGGAGCCUCAGUCCCCCCCACGAGCCGUGACUCGUUUCAUGCCCCCCCUAUUCCGGUAUCACUGCCAUAACCUGUGAGAAGAAGAUGACCCACUCCCUGGCGCCGUGUCAUACCUCUCAGCCCAAAUUCAAUUGCUCCUUUAGCCGCUUACAGCCUUCUCACACCACCUGCUUCAAAUACCACACCACCUUUGAGGACUUCUUACAAGGUGAGAUUUAUACAGUCAUCUGGGUUCGUUUCUUCUCCCUUACCUCGCCGGUACUUCAGAAUGGGACGUCACCUUUCAAGAAUUCCUUAGAGAGCACUCUCGCUGAGCACCAGCUGUCCCAAAGCUAUGAAAGAGUGCGGGUGUAAGCUCUGGAACCCACCGGGACUGAAUUCCAAAUUACUACGGAGAGCUUUCCUGUUCUGAAAGCCGAAGUGUAUUCCUUCCCUGCUCGUUGCAGCGCUUCUGUGUGGGCCUGGCUCAGACCCUGACCGAGACCCGAGGAGCCAGGGUGGGGGACAGUUUACCAGUGGGGACAGCAGCCCCCAGCUCCACUCAGACUGCUGUGUGGAAAAGGGGCUGGGGUUGCCAGAGCUUUGAUUUGUUGAGAGACACCAGGUACUUUUUGUGCCGUCUCUCCAUUUAUAAAUGUUGACGGCUGAUCUAAAUGUUCUCACAGCACAUAUGGGUGAGCUGUGGCCCCUAGGCUGCCGGCUCACAGCUCUGCCCCGGGACCCUAAACUGUGUAGUGUGAAGGCCUGGCUUCCUCGGUCUCACCUGGUUUAGCCCCUGAGCCUUACCUGUAACGUGGCCGCCAUCCCGUGUUAAGUUGCUGUUAGGCCUUAUUUCUCCUGCAUAGUGCUCGUUCAUACGUGUGAAAAAGUCAAAAUAUUUUAUCAAAGUUGCCUAAAUACAUGGCUAAAUAAGCUUGUGUCUUCACAGAACUGUUCGAUGCACAGGCACCUUUGUAGCUUGACCGUGUGCUGUCGGGAGAGGAGCGCCACGCUGGUGUUUGGCUCAGAGUCGCUGCACGUGGCUGCUCUCGCUGGGUUUUGCUACACUGAGUAGCAUGGGGAAAGGGUCCACGUCUCCAAGACUUGUCUGCACAAACCUAAGUGCCAUGCUGUUGUUGGAUGCUGAGAGGACACCUUCUCGAAGGAUGUUUUCUACCUUAAGUUCAAGCACCAUCUGAAAACCUUUUCUGCAUGCUGCAUGUACCAAGCUGUUCCUCCUCUUUUUUUGCAAACCCCUGCCCCUCUUUUGGGCCGACACAGGCUGCUGAGGACAGGCCCAGAAGCAGUCCAGUCCCAAGUCGGGGCCCUUGGCCUCCCCUGGAGGACGGGAUUCUGAAUAAUGAGUUGCCUGCUGUGAGGGAAGCGGUGUCUUUACUUGAACACUCAGGACCUGCAGUGGAGGCCGUUGUUCCGUGCCCCUAAAAUCCAGGAAUGUGGGGACCAACAAAGCAUUUCCAACUGUGAGAACACCACAGAAGUUCGCUCUGUAAGCCCACAGUGCCAAAACUCGGGAACGACGUGCCUAGGUGGGGUGACACGCGGUGACAGGAGGGCUGCAAGGCGUCCCUCUCAUCAAGUGCCCUGCGCGUUUCCUCGGCCCUCAGGGGCCGGGGUCAGAGGUCCCUGGUCCUGCUGACAAAUCGCACCUUGUCUGAACAGCUGUUCACCACCUUUUGCACAUGGGUUCCGUGGCCUUGCACUAGUGUCUGAGUUCUGUAAUGUCAUUUUUUUACCCUUAAUUCUCAACUCCCCACCCCUUCAAAUGCCCCACGAAGCUGGUAGGACAGAGGUGCACUUUACAAAACUGGCACUUGCCGAGAGAGGGAGACAGCUCCACCCCUGCGCUCCUCUAACUGAAGCCGUCCUCUGCCUCGGAAUGCAGAUAGUUCUUAUUUGCCAAAGAACAAUGAAUCGGGCCCAAAGAUAAGUUACAGCAUUUCAUAAAUUGGAACUGCAAACGCACAACUCGGGAGCUGUCGUCCGAUUCCUCGAGCGAUUUAAGCUGCGGAAGCAAGCGUGAGACUGGCGUGUCUGUCCUCCCCUGCAGCCCUGAGCUUUCCAAGCAGUUUCCCUUCUUUCCUUGUCCCGGUUGAAGGUCACCUUGAUUUUACAAAAGAAAAUGCUGCAUAGGAAAAGUGAAAUGCCUUUUAUUCAAACGUGUUCUACCCACGUCACCCGUUACUGGGUACUUACUUCUCAUGUUUGUUGUACAUUCUACUCCUGUAAUUACUGUGCGACCCUUUCAGCGUUGUAAAAUCGUUCUGGAAUUUGUGCCUGCUAGUUAUGCAAUAAACAGGCUCUCUAAGUGUC